AAAGCGUGAGUUGAAAUGAUGAAGUCAUUAGGUCCCUUUCAUACGUUAAUUUUUAAUGCUCUAUCUUUACAUGUUCAGUUCAAUUUAAUAAUUAUUGUAUUUAAAUUCAUUUGUUACAGAAAUCCCACCAAUGCCUACUACAAAGUAUUAAUGGCAAAUGCCGCCACAAGUGCACUUCGCCUCCAUCAACGCAUGCCGCCGUUCAAGUUUUCGCGAGAUUAUCUUCAAAAGCUGCUACUGGAAGACUCCUGCCACUACCUGCUAUACUCGCUCAUUUUCCUGUACGCCUAUCCGGUGCUACUGAUCAUCUUCCCGGUCACUUUGUUCGCUGUGCUGCAUUCGGCUAGCUACUCCCUCACACUACUUGACACACUCGGACAGAACUCAUGGUGGGGCGCACGACUGUUGAUCUCUCUGGUUGAAUUCCAAACCAGAAACAUCCUUCGAUUGGCAGCAUUUGCCGAGAUCUUCAUUAUGCCUCUGGCCAUCGUAUUAGUAUUUUUGGGAAAAGCCGGUAUUAUGACUCCACUGGUUUACUACCAGUUCUUGGUGCUGCGCUACUCGUCGCGUCGCAAUCCCUACACGAGGAACGUAUUUUACGAGUUGCGUCUUGUAACGGAGAAUUUCGCCAACGGUACACGCACGCCAGCAGUCGUGCGCAAGGUGCUUCAAGUCAGCAUUAGCUUUAUCAGUCGGUUAGCGCCACCCAUGCAACAGCAGCAGCAGUAAAUGCAAUGUGCUAAACGCGGAGAGGAUAGUUAAAUAAUUUCCACAAACAAACAACUUCAACAAUCAUUUCGAAAGACCAUUUGCACACCCAUCAUCAAUCACACCUUUCCAUGAUGCGGAUUUUAAAGGCAUUUUCACCCUAGACGUAUUUAGUGGCAGGCUGGUUGAGGUGAAGAUAGAAAAAGACAUCGACAUAAGGCAUGAGUCACAAAAAGCACGACAACGUAAAACGUGCUGUUAUUUUCUUACACUAACAACAUUUCAAUGUAGGAUAUGGGAAACCUCAAAGUAAGUUAGUUUAACAUUUUCUUUUUGUUGGCGCAAUGUGGUUUUUCUUACUCGUGAAAGGACAAUUCGUGUCGUGGUUUGAUCGUUUGAAUCAAAUCUUAGGAAAAUAGACGAUCAUUUACACCUGCUAAUCGAAGAUUUUAUUCAACCCAGAAUCACAGAGAAUGAACUUAGUUAUUAUUGCGUUUCAUGUUUUAUUGAAGGGCGGUAGAAUUUAAAUCUGUUUUCUAUCCCUACGAGGAUGAUUGAACAAAACAACAAAAUGUGAAUGAACAUGCAUGGUUUAUCGGGCAAUAUAUGUUAACAGAGUGACACGUUUCCUAUAA